AUGGGAACUUCGUUAGAUCGAUAAGCGCACGAUACGGAGUUGCUGAAAGCCUAAAAUCUGUCGACAAAUGGGCGGAAAAGGUAAGAAAAAGCCCGCCGGAAAGCCAGGUGGUAAAGAAUCGGGAGAUAAAUCUCCCGCUGGCAGUGCAGGUGGAGGUGGUGGUGGUAGCGGUGGCGGCGGAGGAGGCGGUUCAAGCGCUGCCGGUGGCGGCGAAGACGACGAAGUGGACGAAGAGGAAUCGGAAGCCAAGCCGAAGAAAGGCAAGGGAAAGAAGGGCAAAGGCAAGGGCAAGGGAUCGUCCAAGUUUCAGGGCGAUCUUUUUAGCGAAGCCGCCAUGGAGAACGCGUACUAUGUGUGUCAUAACAUUCAGGACGUCCUGAAGUCGCGCGGUUUUGCAUGGCCCGAAGGGCAGAAAAAGAAAAAGAAGGGCAAAAAGUAAUCGAAGGCAGUGGUGGCUGGUAAACGCCUUCGUUUGCCAAUGCCAAGGGAGCGGUAUUUCGAAUGCAAAGAGCAGCGAAAUCUCCGACUUCGAAAGCGUGCGUGACACGCGGGUAGUCUACGCGUAGGCGAAUGGUGAUCGACUCAACGAAACGUGAUAUUGGGGUGGGAUAGUGUUUGUGUAACUUAUAAGCUUGUGUAUAGAAACAAAUGUAAUGAGAGAAUGCAAAUAAAAAGAUAAGCUUAUAAUGUAUUUAGUUUGUUUUGGAACGCCAAGCGGGUCGACUGUUUCAAAUCUGUUGAUCUUGUUUACAUGACUUACGCAGAUGACAAUGUUCCGAGAUAACUCUGCUACAUGUCGUUACACAAUACAUAAUAAGUUAUAUGUAACUAUCAAUAUGUUAAUAAAAUUGUAUCUAUUAUUGUUUGAA